CAGCUUGAAAAAUGGGCCACAAUCUACGUUUUGAAGAGGGAUUAUCCUUGGUAUUUACAAAUUAAGAAGACAUAAGCCGUAUUUCUGAAAGGACUGGAGAUUUUGGAGGUACUCUGUGUAUUUCCACUACAGGGGCACGUGUCUAAAUAAGCUAUUUAACUUCUGAACAUGUUUGAAGACACAGUUUAAAGACUUAGACCCCCCUUUUGUGAGUUUAAACCAUCUUCAGUCAAGGGAGCAGUGGUACCCUUUACAUUUGUAAUUAAGAAUAUUUGGUUUCUAAUAUUCCUAGAUUUCUGAAUCCAGCAGAGCAUCAAAUGGCUCAGCAGUUUAGAUGUGUUGCCAUACAAAGAUAAAUUAUUAGAGUUGACAUAUUAAGACUCCACAUCUCUUUUGGGAAAUGCCCAAUGUGAAGUAUAUUUUGGGCUGGCUCGUCCAAGUUGUUAAAUACUUGUAGAUUUUAAAGCAUUUGGUAGUUUGACAGGGCUGUGUUGCUGCACCAAAACUGAAUAUUUACAUAAUAUUUUGACCCCCUUUCUAGACUUUUGACCCCGUUUUGGUGGAUUUAGACCCCUAAAAAACCCUGCACUAAGUACUUUCCUUAGUGCAGGAUAGACUCAUAGACUGAGAUUUGAUUGACUCAAAUAUUUCUAAAUGCAGCAGAGAUUCAAGUACUGUGAUAGUUUACAUAUGCUGCUGUACCAGGCUCAAGUUGACUUAGACCCCUUUUUAUAUAAAUUUUGUCCCAAAACAUUCGUUCUUCAGGGAUAGUACUUUUUUAAACUAAAGCACCUAUAGGGCCGAGCUUUGAGUGAUUAACUUUCAGGUUUCAGAAGCCAGUCCAGUAUCAAGCUAGUAGUUGCCCAACCAAGCUACAAUGUGUCGGGUGAUGCCUGGACCCCCUUUUUUGGAAUUUCCAGUCCUAAGAGCUUCUUUUUUAGGGGUAGUGGCCCUGCUUUCUGACAUGUAUUACAAUUUGGUGGAUGAGUUUUCUAACUAGUUAAAUACUUGCAGGUUUAUGAACCCAGCCAAGCACAGAGUUGACAGUCUAAUGUGUUGGCAUACCCAGCUUGGUAUUUAGCCGAGGUUAAAGAGGCUGUUGAGUUCACCAUCACAUUGGCUUGAGACAGGAAAAGGGACAAGGUUUUGAAUUAAAACAAAGGUAUCUUCAAACAAACUGGCCAACUGGUUCAAUAGAUUCAAUACAAACUUUCAAGACUAAGUUUCUUAGCCUCUCUCAGUACUUAAAUCAGAAAUGCAGACAGCAUUGUAAUGCCUCUCAUUGAAGAAGUUCUACCCUGCCUGUUGCAUGCCAUUCCUUAAAAAAAAAGAAAAAGAAAAAAGGGGGGAAAUGCACAUGAGUUCACUCUGAAAAGGGCCUACUCUGUUGCUGUAUCACUUACCUUUAGUGACUUUGGUGACAUUGAUGUGCUGUUGAACACACAAGUUAAGAGGCUCUCUCUGUGCCCCCAUGGCUAAGUGAAGCAGAGGCUUGGUCACACCCUUAUGUAGCUUUCCACCCGCCCGCUCUGCCCGCCAUGUUCUGGAGGAGGAGAUACGUGUAGCUUGGCUUUAGCAGGAUUAGCAUUAGCAACACAUAGCUUGGUGGAGGCGCAACAAGCACCCAGGACGCCGAAUUAAGUACUCUUUCUUGAUUCAUCCCCUGGAUUUGGAAAAGUUGUUUAUGGUUUUACAUCUGUGGACUACCAAAAGAGCCUGACAGGUCGCUGCAGAUAUGGUAAGUUAACGUCGGCUUUCAAGACAGCCGAGUUGUUUUGUUUUCCAGGGUGUCCUGUAAUCCAGUUUGCUCUGGUGAUGUCUCCACCGAGCACCCGUCUUCCAUGCUAGCUUUAAGGAAUGCUAACUAGCAUAGCGUGCUAUUCGGCUGUUUUAGCGCAGAAAAUAUGAGUAUGAGCAAACUGGACUGGUUUUACACUAAAAAGUGAUAUUCAGACUUGACUGUGCUUACAGCUCAAUUUAUGUUUCGUCCAAGUUUUGGACGCCCAGGUAUCAACAGUUGUAUUUGUAGCCCACUGCGCGUCAGAAGGAUCGCUAGCUUUGAUCCAACUUUUUCCCAACGCCUUCUUUGAUCGUUAAUGGAAAUAAAUAACAGUACUAUUGAGAAGAUCUUUGGGUUCAGACAAUAUAAUGCGAGGCGAAGCCCAAUGGCACAUGUUUAUGGACUUAAAUGUAGUUGAGUCCAACACUUUUCAACCACUUGUCUUCACUAACCGAAUUAACGAAUCCAAGUUCUUGGCUAGCUUAUUUUGCUAGCUGAACUACUUAUACCGCAAGUUUGCGGCGCACUUGUUCAAGAAAGGGCAUCAAAAUGUGAGCUUUCAGGUGUUUCUAUUAACUUAAAUCUCCGUCAGCGAGUCUCCGAAAGCAGGUUUUACAUAUGAUACAGCCGGUUAAAUCUCAGACCCAAACGCUAGCCAAAACGUCUUUAGCUUGUGCGCUAUCAAUCACAUCAGUUCAAGGAAACGCUGUGAUUUUUCUUUCCUCAAUAAAGGCAAACUUCUCUUCGUUUCUUCCUCUUGCGAUGCUCAUGGCUGUGGAUAGAGGACUAACAAGUUAAGACUGUGAAACUCUGAGUCAUCAAAGAAAAACUUGACGUCCAUUUAUUUAGUUAGGGUUGUGGGAAAUUCUCUACUGUUGAUGCCGUAUACUUGCAAGGAGGUGACAGGUGAACGAGAUUUUGUUAAAUAUACUGAGCAUUAGCAGGGUUUUUCGGUAUUAUUUAAGGUUAAAUACAUUGAAAUGUGUGUUUUGAGAGGUCUUUUACUCAAGGAGGUUUGAACCCACCUAAACGUGGCCUGAGAUAGGGGCAGGGCUUUGUCUAUUGUCAGGGUGAUCAGUCAUAGUGAUGGGAAUUUCGCCGCUUUCCUAAGAGACGGAUCAAUUGGACCAGCUCGGAAAAAAAGAGACAGCUCAUUUGGGAUCCAUUAUGGCUCUUCUUUUAAUACCACCGCUAUCCUUCUACUAUAAUUUAGCUAUUCUGCAAAAAUACUUCUUAAAUUAUUAAAUAAAUGAGAACAGAGUCUCUUACUUUCCAAUGCAUCAUACAACUUGAGCAACGAUGGCAGUAAAAAAAAGCCCAAAAUAUCAGUUUCAAACAUUAAUAUCCUUGAAAAUAAAUUUCACUCCUUACCACUGCACUGUUGUCUUUCACAGUCUUGUUUAUAAAGGUUUAAUGUUUAAUUUAGCCUUACAUGUAAUAUUCAUGUUCAAUGUUGGACAAAGAGAAAAAAGUCUACCAUCAGAAAGAUAUCUAUAAUAUUGCGAAUGAUUGUAUAAUGCAAGAUCUUUAUUUAAGUUCAUGUAUUUUUCUAAUGAGCACAAUAUGUGUGCCACCACCAAAGCAUUUUAGAAAGACAAGAAAAGAUUUGAGCCAACUCCCUUUUUUUCUGUUGAAGGAAUCAUCUCUUGCAGGCGUCUUGCUCCCAACCAACUCAUCAAUAAUCAGUCAGUCACACUGAGUGACAGGUGCAUCGUCACCGUCCUCCUCCCUCCCCUGACUUGGUUUCUUGACCUGCCUCAGAGGACAAAGACGGGCUUGGCAUGCCAAUAAGAGGUUGACUUGCCUUCUUGUCCUGACUGCUCCAGGCUUGAUACUUGUCAUACCUCACUUCGAAAGAUUGACAGUCAGUUCAGGGCUUGGGGGACACGUGUUGGUGGCUCUUCCAGGGGUUUAGUCUUGUUAAAGUUAGACCCUGCCGCUUGGGUGUUGCCAACACUAAAGUCAGGAAGCUAUUUCUUUGACCUCAGCGUAGCUUUCAUCAUAAUGUGGGAGCGGUCUGUAAAUUUGCAGAUUUGUCAUAUUUAAUGCUCAAAACAAAACUAAAUGACACUGAUUCAGCCAGUGGUUUCAACAUUAUAUAAAUUACAGUAAACCCGACAAUUUCAGGCUGUUUACAACCAUAAAGAAGGUCUGCUUCAAAUAGGCCAAAACUGUUGACUGCAGUAAGUCAUCUUGGCAAGUUUGGAAUCAGAAUUCUGGUUGUUGUUGGACCUAAUUGAGCCUCUCUAUAAACUUUACAGGUAAGGUUUUGAUUUUUCCAAGGAUCCCAAAGUGAACGCAGUACUUAUUCUGUCAUUGAAUAGUUUCACUCAUAUAUGCUGCAGGUGGUAACAGUCUAAUGUCGCCAAAAGAAGUAGAUGAAUGGCGAGGGAACCAGCUGAAUGACUCGAAAACACACUCUCCUCUCUCUCUCUCUCGCUUUCUAACAAACACCGUCAUCGUCACAAAUGCUCGCCGUCACACACAGGCAAUCGCUUGUGCAAGCCAUCUAUCUCUGGAUCAGCUUUACUCCCUCUGUGUAAGCCUGGCAAGGUAGACCUGUUCUCAGUGUACUGUCUCUCAAGCCUUAAGCUAAUCACAGUUUACUGAGCUCUUGCCAAGACACUCCCAGACACAGGCACACGCAUAUGCAGGAUAGGUAUGUCUCAUUGUAUUAGGUAUGGGACAUUUAACCUGUGAGCAGAUUUACUUCUCCUCAGUAUCGAACAGACCUGAUAUUGGACUUUCAAACAUGUUUCUCCUUAAAACACCUCCUCCAUCUGAUCUAGUUUACAUCAAGGCAGUGUUUACAGCAUCUAGAGUUAGAUCUAGGCUUCUCCUGUUUAAUAUUUGCUGGACUUGUCGCAAACAGUUAGUGUCAGAUCGUCGAUUUGAUAAAUUUCUAUAUCCUGCAGAUCUGGUCUUGUUCCCCAGCUGUAGAUGCUCCUCUAAAGGAAAUGAUUUACAGUUCGGCGAGAGAAUUUCACCUGUUGAUAAGCACCGCCAUAAGACUAGGUGCAUUCAUACAUUCUUGAAAUAGUUGUGUGUUGUGACUAACUGCUUGAAGGUUUGCUCUGGAAGAGGCCUUGCUAAAUCAAUCUGAUGUUUUUCCGUUUAAUGUGAGACAUUUUGCAGUGAGCAUCAACAUUUUCCUUUGUUAGCAACUUUAUAUGUAAAUAUGCGUAUAUUUUAUCACAAUGGUGUGAUUUUUGCUUCUCAUUGGCAACAAGCUACAGCUGCAAGCUUUGCAUGUUUCAGUCUUUUCUUGGACCACCAUAUAAAGAUGGUCAUUUUCACGGCUUUGAUGUAUAUUUACAUGAUCAUUUCUGAUUAAGGGCAACUUUUUGGUGACAACAGAUACAUGUGUAGAUUAUAAUGUUGGCACUUUCAGGUUCGUAUUGAUGUAAUCUAAAUGGUCAUAAAUUCCUCAGUACUAUAUGGAUGCAUGGUAUUUAACUUUUGCUGAUAUGUGAAAUGCCAGUAUUUUCAAACUAUUUUGGCUGAUACUGUUACAUACACAUCUGUUUGAUAUUGUACAGAACACAAAGUCUAUGCUGCAGAAUUUAACUGUUUUCCUCUUACUGGGAACUUCUCAUAGUUGUAUUAACAUACCUGGAUAAUGCGGUUCGUAAUUGAUUUUCUCCAUCACUUAUACGGCUCAAUCGAAUUGCAACUGGCCCUAGCAUUCCGCGCAUGCUCCGAUGUUCCAAUGUGUUUCUAGAAAGCAAAACCUCAGCAGAGGAAAGGAGGUGAAAAAGACAAAACUAUUGUGCAAACAUACUUUACAGAGCUGUAAAAGUGACUGUGUUUUCAUCAUAUGAUGCACAUCCCAUUAGCCUGUGUGUUGCCGAAUACACUGAUGCAUUUAAGGUCGAGAGAGAGACGACCUGAUGGUAAUGAGGAGGUAUACAUGCUUUUGUCCAUGAUUUGAUUUUUCCCCUGUGCUCCUGAACUGGAACAAGGAUUGCAGUUCGGUUAAAUAGCCUUGUUAAGCUCUGACAGUAGCCUUCUUAACUGUGCAUGUCAUAGUACUAAAUGUCGACUUCAGCCUUGUGAGGGCUAUUGCCAGUGGGAUUCUGAACAUGUCAAAAUGCCAUUUAUUGAUUGCUGACCCAUGAAUCUUUCUAUCUCUUAAGUUUUCCUUGUGAGUUUCUGAAGCAGAGGUUGCUGGCUGGUUUGGUUACUGUUCAGAUUGAUGAUUCUCUGCAUGUUAAGCUAUGUUACUGUUAGUUUCUGACACUUCAAAAUACUUUAAUUUACCAACAUGUAGAUGGUCUUUGUUGGCGUAUGUAGACUUUCAUUUUGUGUGCAUAAUUAAUGCAUCACCUUAAUGGCAUGAAUCUACCAACAGAGGUUACACUGAUAAUAUUCUACACCUGUACAAACCUCUUGUUUGGCACAUGCUCUGUGUAUCAGCAGCAUUCUGAUGGAAUUUUUCCUCACUGGUAAUUCAGCUCUUUAAAGUUAUGUUUGGGCAUAUCCGCUUUUAUUGGAAAGGGCUGGUUAAAUGUGAUAAGAAGUGAACGAGUGGGGGAAUGACAUGGAGCAAAGGGUUGUGGCCAGGAGUCCAAUCAGCACCACGGGGAUGAGGGCUACAGCCUCUGUACGGGGUUUGAAGAAGAAGAAGGACUUAAUUAAUCCCCGAAGGGAAAUUCAGUUGUCUCACUUUACAUGUCUCAAAGUUGAACAUAGACUUUACAGAAUAAUGAGUUAGCUGCAGUUCUGGAAGCUAUCACCAGCAGCACUGUAUUGGAGAUGCUGACCAGAUCAAACUUUAAGUCUACCUAGCAAGGGGCGAAGAGGCAGAGUUGAGGCAGACCUUAAGUUUCCAUGAUUAUAGCAACAGUAUACCUGUCUGUCACGCAAGUCAGCUGUGCGCCUGAUAGUGCAAGACUCGUAACCUUGACAUCUUCAAAACAAAAGCGCUUUCAAACAAGUUCUCUCCCUGUUAUUUCCCCUUACAUUUUGCAAGCUUUAACUCACACAUGCACUGCACUCUUAAAAAUUUCUCUAUAUUGUCUGGCUGGGCUGCAUGCAAACAGCUGGAUGUGUUUACCUUGACCUUUGGGGUCGUUUCUUGCCAGCUCAGGAGUGAACCGAGCAGGUAAUCAUCUGGAAUCUGAGUGGGCAGAAUCACGUCUUUCACGUUCAGCAGACUAUCUGCACUGGUUAGCUUGCUUGCAGUUGUCCAUAUAUUGUUUCUCAACGGCUGUUUUUACUGCAAAAACUUCCUGAUACAUUAUGUUAACUCAGAAUUUACAACCUGUAGAGUGUGAGGCAAAAAUCAACCUGUGCUAAAGCGUUCUUCACAUUUGUUUAUUCAAAUGCAUGUAGAGUCCAACACUUUGUCAGAUUUCGCCAAAUGCAAAACAACAACAUCAAUGCGGUUUUGGUGUUAUAUACAUCUCUUACACUCUCUUAUUAUUGGUAUUUUCAUUGGCUGAUAUGUGCACCACUGUCAAUAGUUUACCUGACACCUAAUGGUGUUUGGGGGAAUAACCAAUUAUGGUUCAGAUCAUUGUGUUGAAUCAUCUGGUGUUACACUUUUGGUGAUAUCAAAAGCUGAUACUUAUUAGUGCACUGAUACUGUAAGCGAUAAUAGAUGACAAUUUGCACAGAUGAAUAACUAUUAUUAUUAGGACCUGACCUAUUUAUCGGCGAGCCAAUUAAAUCUGCCAAUUGUAGCCCAUUUGAGACUAAUCGUUAAUCAACCGAUUUUGGAAAAUAUUUUCAGAAAUAAAAUGCGGAGAGUAAGAUUCGGGUUCACGUCGAAAAUGUUCUGCCAUUUUGAAAAGUUCCCCGACUUAUGCUGUAGAUGGCGCAGCAACCUCAUCUUCGCCUCAAUCUUCAUCCACUAACUACCUCACAGCACAGCAGAGUGGGGGUGAAAAUGCUAUCUACAGUAUAUAUAUUUUUUAUAACUUCAUAAAAAUAAAAAAAAUCAGCCAAUUAAUCCCCCCCCCCCCCCCCCCCCUCCUAAUAAUCGGUAUCAGCAUCGGCCCCAAAAAUCCAUAGCGGUUGGGCCCUAGUUAUUAUUAUAAAUGGCAACAUUUUAUAAGACACAUAAAAACCAAUCAACGUUUCAUAUCGGCUGACCUGCUUUUAAAUCAUUGGUGUUGAUAUUGGCUGUUGAAAAGCUGAUAUCUGUCGAUCAGGCAUGCUGUGUAAAGCAAAGAAAUGGGAGCUAUAUUGCUGUGUGAUAAACAGUGAGAAAAAAACAGUAAGACUGAACAGAAGGCUGGGAAUGACUGGUGUGUUUCUUAGAAGUAGACCCUAAACUCUUCCAACAACAACAAGGCAUAGUGGCAGUUUGACGAGAAUGACAGGCUCAGUCAUUCACACAUAAUGAACCUGCGUUUCUCUUCUCGGGAUCUUGGGGCCUCAGUGAUCCAAGCACAGAGGCGCUGAAGGAAGGCCUGCCGACAGCGUCUCGCGGUGGGGGUUGUUUCCGGGGUGUUAAGGAGGUGUGGAGGGGAUGGGACGGACAAGACAGACUCUCCUCUCUUCUUCCUGUCUGCCAUGGGUGAAUAGUUGAUUAUGGGAGCAGAUGUGUCAUUAGUUCUGAGCAGUAUUCAUGCGGAUGCAGGGUGAGGAGGAGGAGGUGGAGGGUGGCACAGGAGCGUUAAGGGGAAGGGGGGGGACACACUACACAGGAAUCACAUUUCACUGGUGGAUUUAAGGGAUGUGCCAACUUGUUUUCUCAUCCCCCCCUCUCACUCCUCGACCAUAGUCGUCCUCUCCAGCUGUCUUUCAAUGUUAAUGCCAGGCUGAAAGGUCUCUAAAACACAUACCCGCACAGACAAAUUAAACACAGUUGCAUUCAACAAAGAAUCACUAGUUUGAUCACACUUCUUCAGGUCAUGAAAACACUCAGUUUGGGAGGCAUGUCUGCGCACGCACAUUGGCGUGGUGGAAGGAUCAGAUUACUCAACAGGAUGAGUUAUCACGGGACUCCUCAGAUUGAUGUCAGAUGAGUUCUGGGCACAGAGAGAGCUUAGCAAACAUAAGCUGCUGUUUAUUAUCGAUAGCAAUCGUUGUAAUGGAACUUAAGUGUAUUAGCUUUUUAUGUAACCUGCGCCACUGUGGCUAAAUGAUUAAGCUAGGAAGUUGUGUCAAAGUGUGAUACUAGCAUUGGUGUUCAGUACUUAAUUGGGCUCCAUUACACCAUAAAAAGUGUAUUUAGUUCCCAGUUUGUAUUUUAACAGUGUUCAUCUGCAGUAGAUUUAUGACGUGCCAUAGCAACGGCUUGUAGAUGCAUGUGAAUGAGGCUUGUUAAUAGUGUGAUAUUUCGCUACAACCUGAAGUAUGUUAACAUGCACAGUUAAGUCAAGUGACGGCUAUAGCUUGAUUAGGCUAUUUAAUUGGACUCCUGCCCAUGUCCCAGUUUAUAAGCACCAGGCAAGAAUCAAUUCAGUGACUAAAGUAUGUCCACCUCCGCUAUGGUAGGUAGGCCAAGCCCCUUUUUUGGCUCAAUAUGACUUGGCUAUCUCCUUGUUAACCUAUUACAUCAAGUUUUGUAUCCUAGCGACGUAUUUAUGUCAUUCAACUUCCGUGUCAAACGUCAACGUGCCAACUAGGACAGGUAACCAGAACUCUGAGGCCAGUUUCAGUCCAGUUUAGGUGAAUACAUGCAAACCGCCUCACACUACCGGUGCUUGUACUUACAGACACCCAGGUAUAAUCUGAUCACAUAGGAAGCAUGUUGAAACCAGAAGUAAAUGACCCCUGAGUCUGUCAGUGUGCUCUGCUCUGGUUUUAUUUGGCUUUGACCACUCUUAGUUGCCUAUUUGUCUGACUCACCUGGCCUUAUCUUGCAGGUAUUCAUAUUACCAUAUCUCAGUGUAGACACUAAAUAGUUUUGUUGCUAUGUUACAUAAAGACUUAACUUUGCAGGCUUUGCUCCUCUUUCUUUUUAGCAUGGCUUCACUGAAUCCAGUAUAUACUUGUCAGCUGUUGGCAUGAGGUCGGUGAAUGUUCAUGUACUACAGCAGAAACCACAUACUGAGUGUAGGCCUGAUAGCCCUGGUUAGCUCGCAGAUUACGUAGGUCUAUCUAUCAUUCUGUAGAGCUGUUCCCAAGGAGAAGUAGAGUAUAAUAGGCAGUUUGUGAGUACACAGAGGGCAACCACUGCAUCCUGUGUCUUUUCCAGGGCACUCACGGUGUCUCAUUUGAUGUAUUGUUGGAUGCUCUAGCUGCUGGCCUGUACUGCUGGUGCUUGGGCUGCUGCUUCAGCCAACCAAUCAUUAACAUUUUGAGUGGGACUGGUUACCCAGGUAUCCAGGAACAAGGAUGCUGUGUGGGUAACAAUUACCGGGACAGAGGAAAGAAGCCCAUUUUUGUGUCGGUUCUUUUUUAACAAUCAAAGUCAUGAUAUUUAUAUGUAUAUAUUACUCACCUUUUAUUUGAAAUGAUAUACAAAAAUAGUUUUUUUCCUUCUGCCAAUCUUAUUUUGAGCUUUAUUCAUAGUUACCGUCAACGCCAUAGCUGGAUAGUAAUGAUCUCACAAGGCUGAUAUUACUCACAUCAAACCGAAAGUUUCCUCCGAGGCUGAAGUAAAUCAAUACAAAACAGGGUAGAAUGAAUCAGCACCAGACCUGAUUGUGUUUUUCAGCUUCGUCACUGUCAGCGUCAGUUUCUGUCAAAGACUACAGUCCUUGUUCCUGUGAGUUAACCUCUUCCUUUGGUAUUUCAUUUAAUAAUAAUGUUUGCUAAAGCAUUGUGUGGAGUGUUAGCAAAAGCUAGUAAAAGUUCAAUUAUCACAGUUUUUCCAACAAUGUUAUGAAUAUUAAUUUUCAUAACAAUAUGUACCUUGUGAUGGCCAGUGCCCUACUCAAAAUAUGUUUUUUGUCAUUCGUAUUCAACCCUUACAGUUUUAUGGUAUACAUUCAUAGCAGCCUAUAUGAAAACAAACAGAAGCACACCUUUUGUAAACAGCAGAUUGUAAACGGUGUCAGUCUGUUUUAUGCUGCAUGCCAAAGUCAACUUCAUGCUUAAGAGAGCUGUGGCUGUGUAGGUCGCACAGCUGCGAGACUCCACACACAUACAAUUUCCAAUACUUGUGUGUGUCAGCCAGGAAGUGAUUAGACGCUGGGCUGCCGCUCUGUUUCAAACAGGACAGAGGAGUCAUCAGUCUGUCAUCAUCAGACUGGAAAUGGUUUAUCUCCCCCGCCACCCACCCAGGACUGGAAACCCAUUGUUACUCAGUCAUCGCAGUGGUUUUUAAAUUUAAGCACUGUACUAAAUCUUCACAUUGUAAGAUGAGAAAAGGCAGAUGCUCACUGAGGUCUGUAUCAAUUUGGGGAAUUGUUCUUGAAUUUAAAUCCAGAACUUAAAAUCCAGUUGCUACAGUGCCCUUUUAAUGGAUCUCUAUCAUGUCGUCUUCUUUAUUUCCAUUUUUUAGGUUAACCUAACACUAACCGAACAUAACCUAACCUAACCUACUCUAUCCUAUCUUAACCUACCCUAACCUAACACAACCUAACACAAACCUAACUUAACCAAACCUAAACAAACAGAACCUAAGCUAACCUAACCCUAAUCUAACCUAACACAAACCUAACCAAAAUAAACAGAACCUAACCUUACCUAACCUAACUAGGGCCCAACCGAUAUGGAUUUUUUGGGGCUGAUGCCGAUACCAAUUAUUAGGGGGGGCAGAUUCCAAUUAAUCGGCCGAUUUUUUUAAGUUUUUAGGAAGUUAUAAAAAAUAUAUAUCUACUGUAGAUAUCUACAGAGUACUGUAUACUGUAGAUAUACUGUAGGCUACUGCUUUUCACGCCGACAGGAAGACCGAUGUAUCAAACUCAGACCAGAAAAGUGUUUUCAUCUGCGUCAUUUAUCCCCCCUCCCCCGCCGCCGAUCUGUGCCUCCGCUGCUUAACUCAUGUUACACAUUUCCAGUCUGGUCUCACCUGGAGACAUGCAGCUGCCUCAGUAAGAGAAGUAGCUCGAUCACGUAAUGUGUACUGUUGUUUAUUCUACUGUUACUGGCACGGCUAACAGUGUAGCAAGGCUAGUAGCAGAUGGCUAACUCUAACUUUAGCUUGCGUAUUACAUUGUGCUUCACCGUUAACUCGGUGCGACUGAGACCAGCACAGCAGGGAACAUCGUGAAGUGGGUUGAGCUGAAACUUGUUGACUUAUUGCGUAUUUCACAAUCUAGUUUAUUUACCGUUAAGGCGGACCACUCUCCUCCGUGCGUCCAUGAGCUGCCUGCUUCAGAUCCGUCCGUCUGCUGUGCUGUGAGGCAGUUAGUGGAUGAAGAUUGUCAUGAGGUCGCUGCGCCAUCUACAGGAUAAGUCGGGGAACUUUUCAAAUGGCGGAACAUUUUCGAAGUGAAACCAAAUCUUAAUCGCCGCAUUUUAUUUCGGAAAAUAUCUGUGAAAAUCGGCGAGUUUUGGCCGAUUACCGAUUAGUCUCAAAUGGGCUACAAUUGGCCAAUUUAAUCGUCUCGCCGAUAAAUCGGUCGGGCCCUAUACCUAACCCAACCUAACACAAACCUAACUUAAUCAAACAGAACCUAAUCUACCUUACCUAACCAGACCUAACACAAACCUAACCCUAAUCUAACCUAACAGAACCUAACCUGACCUAAACGAACCUUACCUUACCUAACAAAGCCUAGCCUAACCUAACCUAACUGCCUGUGAAUGAUUCAUUUCACCCCUCUUCAUUUUAAUCUAGAUUUGAAUCUUGUUUCUGUGAAUUUUGGAGAGAAGUAAAAUCACUUCAUAAUCAUUACAAUAAUAUGAAGCAGGCAGGCUUUCUGCAAGUUCAUGGAAAUUACUUAUCUACCCGUAAAAGCAUGAAACACAUUGCCUAGUUUCAGAAAGGAAAGCAGAACAGCUGCCCUGGUAACCACAGAUUAUCAUCCAAUUGCCUAAACAGUAAAUUUGUUUUGGUGUUGAAAACUUUUCCACAAGUCAAACCGUCAAAUCAGAGCAGUGCAAAGAAUGUCAAGAAAUUCUGCAGUUUUUCAGAGUUUUUGUCUUUCAAGGAAGGUCAAAUUUAGUAUGAUUGUAAAUGUUUUUUUUUUUAAACAAACCCAGAUUUGUUCCUCAAAUAAUGCAAAAAAAUUGCCCCAUCAAAUUGGCUUUUUCCUUCUCUCUCCAUCUCUUGCUUAAGUUUUCCCCUUCUCUCCUCUAAUUUGUUUUUUGUGUGUCUGUCUUAGGUGAUGGCGUGGUCAUGUGUACAGCCGGGGCUGUGUGUGUGGAGAUGGUUUUAACAGACGCUGUUUUGGAGGACUCAGGAACACUGCACUGGCCUGGAGAAGCCUCAUAAACAAGCAUACAUCACGCACACACACCCACACACACCUGUACAGGAGAGCAUUCACACACAAACACGCCACCGCCGUGCCUUGACAAAGGACACAGGCGCACAGACUUACAACACAAGCUUCCCCCCCCCCCCCCUCCUGUGUGAGAGUCUACUUUUUUUCUCCCCUCCAUCUGUUCCAUCACCACCGCCACCAUGCCGAGUGGAAUCCGGCGGCAGAUGAAGAACAUGGUGAACAACUACUCUGACGCAGAGAAGAAAGUCAGAGAGGCCACCUCGAAUGACCCCUGGGGCCCGUCGUCCUCGCUUAUGUCCGAGAUCGCGGACCUCACCUACAACGUGGUGGCCUUCAGCGAGAUCAUGAGCAUGAUCUGGAAGCGGCUCAACGACCACGGCAAGAACUGGCGCCACGUCUACAAGGCGCUCACCCUGCUCGACUACCUGAUCAAGACGGGCUCCGAACGGGUGGCGCUGCAAUGCAAAGAGAACAUCUUCGCCAUCCAGACCCUGAAGGACUUCCAGUACAUCGACAGAGAUGGCAAAGACCAAGGCAUCAACGUCAGGGAGAAGAGCAAGCAGCUAGUAGUUCUACUCAAAGACGAGGACCGCCUGAAGGGAGAGAGGUAAUCGCUCCAGAAAUCAAAACUCUCUUCACUAAACCAUAACAGACCCUGGCACUGCCGCCUCCUUUAGAAAGUGCUGAUUGUGUCAGUUACUCACUUUUAUUAUCACAAACUCAAGAGAAGCCCUGAAGACGACCCCUACAUGGUGACGUCUUUCCAAUGAAGUCAAGUUUCUGGUUACGAAACACCCAAAUAAUCAAAUUAAGUACUGAUGUUAAGCUGAACCCCCAGCACCUGACACAGUCACUCACUCCCACUGAUUUCAGAUCAGUCUUUGUGCAGACAGAUACUCAAGAAGUAUCAUAAGAGCUCUGUAUCUGUCUCUCUGUUUUUGCUGUGUGAGUGGAUCUGUACAACUUUACAUGUGCACAGUUGCAAAACGGUGAAAGAGUUGUCCGUCAGAGUCAGAGUCGUACAGCUCAACGAAUCUCUGUGGCUUCGCUUGAAGAUGUUGCUAAAUUACAGAAUUCGUCCUCAGAACGUUGUGGAUGAUUUUUAGCAUCAGGAUCACUCAGCAGCUUGGUUUUCAAGGAUGUUAUGCAAACAAAGACCUUAUUCCUACAAUUUAUUUCAGACCUACAAAUCCCUCUUUUACAACCAGCGCUUAUUCUGCCACUAAUGCUACUCUGUUCGUUUUUAUCUUCACAGGUCUCAGGCUCUAAAGACCAAAGAGCGCAUGGCCCAGGUGUCCACAGGGAGCGGUCAGAUGGGUUUUGGCCGAGGCUCGUCCCAGCCCAACCUCUCCACUUCAUACAGCGAAGAGUACGGCAGGUCGGAGGGCUCACCUGCUUCUUACCACGGCUGUGAGUAUGAGCAGAGAGUUACCGCACAGACAGUACCCACACACACGGGGGACACACACAGGUCUCAUUCUGCAUAUUUGAACAACAGAGAAAACUCCCAUUAAACCACAUUCUGCUCCAGUUGGUGUAACUUUGGCCUACAUCCUGAAACUCACCCCUCCCCCUGUUCUGUCUCUGUCUCUGUCUCUGGCCCACAGUCCCGCAGUUGGGCUACAUUCCUCUGUGCUCAUACACACUCACACCAAUACACAGGGAGAGGAGGAAGCAGAGCCCCCCCCCCCCAAGCUUCUAUCAUCCACAUGACAGAGGAAUCUGCUCCUCUUUAGACUGAUACACUCACUCCUCCAGAGACUAUCAGGAGCACGCAGUGACAGACGAUGCAACAAGACAGAGGCAGAUAGAUGAUGAUAGCAAUGACAAAUAUGAUAGCAAGAAGGGAAUGAACAUCAGACCCCCUUAGACUGAAAGGCUGGAGAAAAUCUGGUCUUUUUUUCUGAAGAUGAACAUGGAUAAAUUCAUGCAUCUUUUGUUACGGUAAAACCUGCGUGAAGGUAGUUUCUAUAGGUGCACAUAUACUUCUGCCUUGUCAGCAGAGGAUAAAACCAAAAAUAAUUCUAGUCAGAGCUCAAAGCAGUGUUGAGAACCAAUGAAACACACCUCUUAAAAUUUUUUGUUAUCUCUGAUGCCAUAUCGUCCAGCCCUCUCUGCAUCAAAUCAGUGUCAUGAUAUAUUGAGCAGUUCACCUCGAUAACGAUAAAUAGACAAUAACUACUUCACAAGCUGCUCAACUCCUCCCACAUUAAAUUCGUUUACUUCAGCCGCCGCUUCAGCCGCUACAACUUUUGAACCGUCCUCCAUCUCAUCACCUGUCUCUCCUCCUUUGUUACGGACUGGAUGGGGUGGAGUCACGUCUCUGACUUAGGACAGCAUCUUAAAGGGACAUGAGACUGUAACCUACCUACACACAUCCAAAACCAACUUUUAUUUCUUUGUUUUUUGUCACUGAAUAUACUGACAAAAUGACGUCUGUUAUUGUUGUAAAUUUUCGGUAAAUUUCAGUUUAUCGCCCAGCUCUAGAUGUGGCCCACAGAUAGAGAUAAACUACUGUAAGCCAAGACUUUACGCUUCCUUUUUUUUUUUUUUUUUUUUUUACUAAUUUGCAACUUGAGAAUUAUUUAUGUAAUCAGAGAAAAAAAAAAAUUUACCCCCCUUGUUUCUUCAUUUUUUUGCCUGGAGAAGUGGUGGUAUAUCUGUCUGCUGAGUUUGGGUUUCACUGUAGACGAUAAGUUACCAAGAGGCUUCCUUUUGACUUUCCUCAACGAGCCUUAAAACCUUCAAUGAAUCUCCCCCCCCAUUAAAGAUUUUUUUCUCCGAGUUGAAGCUACUGCAAGGAACUUCUGGUUUGUGUUGAUUUUGGCGCCCCCUGUGGACAAAAGGGUCCCUCUCAUCUCGUAUUCUGUAUGAGUGAAAGUAGUGUUUCUAGACACAUGUCUUUUUGUCUUAAAACAGAGAUUAUUUAAUUGAAUUUUUAGAUCUGUAGUGGUUUCAUUCAGGCACCCGACUACAGCGGAAACAUUUAAGGAUCCACUGUCCUUUAACCUACUUUAAUGGAGGUGCACAAUGUAUGAGAGUGUAAUACUUUACUGUAACACUAACAUACCUGAGGAUGCGUCACCAUCCUUUUUAAAAGUGGAGCAGUAUUAUAAUUCGAUCAUUAAAAAGGUGGAGUAAGAUGGUGAGUAAAAGCUGAAGGAAGCUAAAGUCUUGGUCAGGAAAGGAGGUGAAGCAGAAGAAUAGAGAAGCUGAAAUGAAAGAAUGAACCUUGGCCUCUUUUCUUUUUUAUCCCCCCGACCUCCCCUCGGUCUUUUGUACACUGCUGGGUGGCUCUGUGAAUGCGUGAGUGUGAUCUCACACGGAGCGUGAAACAUUGUCUCAUCUUUGACUCGGCGCCUCUAAAUUCGGACAAAUGCGUUAUGUCAAAGUUUCUGUAUGUGAGGAGGAAGCUGCUGCAGCUGCUGAAUCAUCAGUUGAGAAAACAGAAGAAGUAACCGGCCUACAGCUCUGAGACUGGGCUGUCACUGUGGGUGUUGCCAAGCUGGAUUUUUGGGAUUCCAACCUAAUUUAUUGUCCAAACGGGUGUGAUUGAAUGACCAUGGAACUUUUUUCUGUGAGUGUUAACCUACUAUAAUCCACCCAGCACUCAAGAACCUGGAAAGAUCUGAAACAUGCUUGAGGCUUUUAAUGAAAAUAUAAUACAGCCCCAACCCUACAGGAGUUAAGGCACAGUGUAAAACGGUAAAAGAUGGUUAUAUAUGCUCACUUUACAUUUAAUGACAGCAUGGGACAACAUUUGAACCAGUGUCUGCAUGUCUGGAUUGUAGCUGCUAAACAAUUAAGGGUCUCCUUUGAUAAAUAUUUUAAAUAAUGCACCAAAUGUUUUCAUUGGGCAAUAAGUUGGGACUGCAUGAAGGCUGCAGACUCUAUAGAGAGGGAAAAGUGGCAUCCAUGAAAUCAUGACCACAGGAGUGUUUUCAGGUCUUCUUAAACAGAGAGAAGUUGCUGAGAUUACCUGUUUGCAUGGUAAUCAAUUUUAGCUCAUGCAGGGGUUUCCACUACAGAGUCAUGUCUUCUUGUAAGGCAGUGCAACCUGAGGGCUGCAAAGAUCACUGCCAUCCAGGGCUAGUUUUGGCUUGUUUCCCUUUUGUGGAAAGAUUUGCACAGAUUCAUUACAGUUUGUACUCUGGGAGACAUCAGUCUGAAAAUGUUGAAUAUUUACUUACGCUGUGUCUCAAAAAGUGAUGGAAUUCCCAUCAUUAAUUCUGAGUGACGUAGCCCCUCUGAAAUCCUGUUUUCACCUUUUUACCCCCAGUUUCUAACUUCUUGCAAAUUGGCUACAUUUGUCAGGAUUUUGUUACAUCGUUAAAAUAUUUUGCAGACAUCCUAUUUAAGAUAAGCACAUUUUUGAUUCAGUUAAACUUAAAACUUUUAAUGUUGUUUUUGUACCAUUCUCAACACAAUCUGGGGUUCACAAACCACCAGAAUCUGUUAUUACCAACCCUUUACACCAGUGGUUCUCAGGUCCAGUCCUCCAACACACCUGAUUCAAAUGAUCAGCUCGUUAUUAAGCCAUUACAGAGUUUGAUAACGAGCUGAUCAUUUGAAUCAGGUGUGUUGGAGCAGGGAAACAUCCAAAACAUGAAGGACAGAGGGGCUCGAGGACUGGAUUGAGAACCACUGGUUUACACAGUGUCCUGACUUUUUUUUUUUUUUUUUUUUGACAAAAGCAGAGAAGAUAACCAAACAGAGAGUGUCAAUUUCUAUUUAAGAGAUACAAGACAUUACAACUAAAAUUGAAUUUGUUGUGAAUUCCUUAGGGUGUCACAAAAGCUACUGUGAUUGUUACAAAAUAAGGUGUAGAUACAGAUGUGUAUUUUUUUAUGAACAAGUGUUCAAUCACACAAUACAGUUUACAGUGAGGUUUUUACAUGAUUCUCAAUCGUUUAGCAUCAGUAUGUCUUACCAUAAAUGUUUGUUUUUCUGUGAAGUGACAGUUCAGUCCUAGCUGUUUGUUUUCUAGUUAUGAGGAUGGCUUUGAAUCAUUUUUCCGUUUUUGUAUUUGAUUGACAUUUCCAGCCAAAUAGUCACACGUAGAAAUGAAAUGAAAUGAAACUUUCUAUCCACCCCACAUACACACACACACACCUCUGUGUCUAUAAAUAUACGAUGACUUUCAUGCGGGUGGGCGUGUGUGAGAAACCAUAGGGUGUACCUGUUAGCUUUAGUUUCCCAGAGGUCGAUCAGCCGGCUGAUACUUUUUGUUUCAAGUUUAAUGUUGUUGUUCUUUCAGCCCAGGUUGUAAUAAAAGGUCGAUGCAUCAGAGUGUAGUGACCAGAUUUCACCAGUGGAACCCUGAAUAGAGAAAUCAUCUUGAAACCAAAACCUUUUUAUCGUCAGGAGAGUUCGUCAAGAAUCCAUUUUUGUUGCUGUCAUGUUGUAACAGCUGCUCUAUUCUUCAUAAAAAAUAAAAAAAAUCAGGGACAGAGUGUCUGCAAAUGAAGGAAAGUCAGCUGGUCACACCCUGGAAGAAAACUUGAUGCCCCUCUAUCUGCUGCUCAAACCAGCUAUAGAUGACACAAACGGUUCACUGAAUCUCACUUAUUCCAGAGUUAAUCUCUCUGAAAAGUUUUGACCCAAUUUGAAAGGUUUUUAAGUGCAGUUUGUUAAAUUACUGAGUAAAUUUGCCGGAAGUAAAUACGGGAUGAAAAGGACUCCAAAGCUAAUGGGGAAUUUUAUGGCAAGAACUAAAAGGAAUGAUCAAGAAAAUGACUUUUUCUAGAGGCAUUUUUUCCGCCUGCUGACAAAGCUUCCCGCAGAGGGAUGCCAAAUAAAUGCGAUAAACCAUAUUUGGUAUAUUCCCACGGUGGCGGAGAAGAGAGUGGUGUUUAUCACUCGCUUUGAGUUUUGUUUGUUUGUCUUACGGAUUCGCUGUUUUCACGGUUUUUACUGCAUGUCAUUGGGUUGCCAGUUUGUUCUCUCUGGAGGUUUGCUGGUUCAAAACUGCUUAUUUUUGUAGCAAACUCGGCACAGCUCAGGAAAAUAAAACCUUAUAGAGAUAUAUAAUGCAUUGAAGAAGCAAAUGGAAGAUUUUUUUUUUUAAUCAUUGCAGGAAUAAACACCUGUUGUCCUUGUCUUAUGAAUGUGCAGAGCUUUCAAUAAAGUCCAAGUUUUCUGUAAAUCUAUGGGGGUUUGCUUUGCCCCUGCUCUGUCUAUUUACAGCAGACGUUCAGAUAAUAUUUAGGCCACCAGCUGACUAAACUCACCUUUACCCUGGGCACUUGUGGUCACUUUCCUGUGGGACUGAAUUAGCAAACAUGGGUUUGGCAAAGGAGCACGUUAAAGCGAGACUGUAGUUUAGAAGAAAAGGAGGCAUUGAAGAGGUGAAUACACAUGCUUCCACCGCAUGUUUUAAGAUGUUCCGCAGAUAUUUGGCUGUGAUGAGGUUUCCACAGAUCUGAAGUUUGUUAGUGUUUGAAAAUUCAGGGCCAUGAAAGACCUGAAAAUGCUUUAAUUUUAUUUGUAAGAGACUUGAAAUUGAUGAUGAGACAUGUCUGUGGGAUGACUACAGGGUUGACGAUAUGGCGUCAAAUCAAUAUCACGAUAUAUUGAGCAGUUCACCUCGAUAAUGAUAAAUGAAUGAUAACUACUCCACAAGCUGCUCACCUCUUCCCACAUUAACUUUGUCUACUUCAUCUACCGCUACAACUUUUAAACCGUCCUCCAUCUCCACACCUGUCUUUCCUUCUUUGUAACGGACUGGAUGGGGUGGACUCAUGUCUCCGACGUAGGACAGCGUCUUAAAGGGACAUGAGAACAUAGCCUACCUACACACAUCCAAAACCAACUUUUAUUUAUUUAUUUAUUUAUUUAUUUGACAUUGAAUAUACCGACAUGGGCAAAAUGACAUCAGUUGUUGUCGUAAAUUUUGAUACCUGUAAAUUUUCAGUUUAUCGCCCAGCCCUAGAAUGACUGGAUCCUUGAUUGGGGCUCCACAGUCUGGACACCAUAUAUGAAUUAUCAAAGGGUUUUUUAUUUCUAAUUUAGCCUUUUCCCCCAGAGUUUAAGUGUACCCGUUUAGGAAAUCAAAGCAGACAAGUUGGAAAAACUGAAAAAAAAUAUAUAUAAUAAUAAUAUACAUCAAAACGAUAAAACACAAUAUUACGUUUGUUUUCAGUGUGUUCAUAUCUCUUUUUAUCCAUUUACCCCUCCCCUCUUCUGAAAAAUUCUUUCGGAAUUUUUAUCCACUUGAGUGUGGCGUUGCUUCAUUGACAAAUAAGGUAUUAUGCACAUAUUAAGAAGAGUGAGGGAGAAAAGAAACAGCACAUGCAAGUUCAAGGACAUUUGGCUUCAUGGUGGUGAAUACAGGAUGUCUGGUGAGACAUCUACAGCAGCUCUAAACCUAGGAGAAAACUUAAUCCACUUGUGUUUGUCCUGCAGUUCUGAGGUUUUCUUAAAAAGUCCCAAAUAGUCUUAAACUGAUUUAUUAAAACCUCCUGUUUGGAGUUUUUCUAACAAAUGAAAUACACUCGAGGUCAUGUUGGUUCCUUUACAAAAAAACAAAGAAGACCAUUAGUGACAAACUAAUGAUUUUGACUCUGUAGUUUAAGUUGUUUUAAAUUGUGUCAAAGUUUACUUAAAGGAUUAUUUUUGCGAUCUUCUUUUUCAAAAUGUGCUCCAUUGUGUUUAUUCAAAACCUGUUUAUCUGCCAUCUGUGUCCUAUUUGUCUAAGUUUUGUUGCUUCUGUCUCCACACACAAGUUUUUCAAAUAUCUUGGUCUCUUUCAUUUGCAUUCAGUAAAAUAGGAAGAAGGGACAGUUAAACAAGAUCAACAUGAUGUGGUGGGUGUUGCGUGAGUGAUUUUGGGAGUGUCCAUAACAGCAGCAGAGCGUGUCACAACGGGUAACUGUUAUUGUCUGGAGCAAAGGCGUUGAGUCAUACAACAGCAAACACACAUAUAGAUAAUUCCCAUAUGCACAAAAUUGCACAAAAGUGAAAAAUAAGAUUUGAUAAAGCAGAAAAAGUGACAUUAUCACAGUUGUGGCGAUGUCACCAACAGGUUGCCAUGGUUUCCACAGGUACUGCAAAGAUGCUGUUUCUGUAGUUUAACACACACAGCUACACAAGAGAUUGGAGUAGAAAAGUUUCCCCUUUUUGUGAUCAGAUAGCAUGUGUGUGUGUGUGUGCAUUUGCCUGUGUGUAUGUGUGUUUCCACCUGUUAUAUAUAUGAGGCUCUCUUGCAGCCUCAUGGCUCAAUCUAAUCCAAUAAGCAGAAUCACCCUCUCAUCCUUAAAGGGCUCACCGAGGGCCCCAAGUCACACUCAAACACUUUAUGUCACUCACAACAGAAAUUUCACAACACAAAAAUGUGACAUUUGUUUGGUUGCUGAGGAUUAAAUGGAGAGUUUGCACUGUACAGAUGUUACUAUAUACAGGAGUUGAGUUUGGCAGUGAUGCUAACAUCUGCUCUAAAUGUGUCUUCCAGCCACAUCUCCCAACGCGGGCUCAGAACUGGAGCAGGCCAGACCUCAGACCAGCGGUGAGGAGGAGCUGCAGCUUCAGCUGGCUCUUGCUAUGAGCAGAGAGGCGGCAGAGCAGGUAGACACACACACACACCUGACAGAAGCUUUAAAAUUCAGAUGUGUUGUUUUACCUCAGUAUCUGGACGGAAUCAGAAUAUUUUCAUCUCCUGGUUCAUGAGGUCUUGUUAAAGGGAUAUUCCGGCGUAAAAUUAAUUUAGGGUCAAACACACCGCAACACAGAGUUAGACACCACCUAGACAGAUGAAUGUUGCAGACCACUUGCUUCCCUAGUUAUACCAACUUUAGUAACGACCGCAGGAUAGUGAUACACAGCGGUCUGAGGAGCCAUAAACAAACAAAUCAACCAAAACGCCACUCUAUAGCCACAAAUAAUGCUCAGAACAGCACCUAACUUCAUCAACAGUACAUAUACGGUCCCAGCCAUAGUACUAGCCAUCAAACAUCUUUUUAGCUUUGUCUGAUUUAUUUAGCAAAGAGACUAUACACAAUUCACCUACUCUCUUCCAGCAGCCGCUUGUUUGUAGCGAGACCUCGGGCCAGUCCAUUACGGACUGCUGCGGGGUGACGCAGCUAAAGGAAGAACAUUUAUGAUCAUUUCUUCAUAGAAAAACAAUCAUGGAAAUGAUAAAAUAAUGAUGAUAAAUGUUCUUCCUUGAGCUGUGUCACCCCGCAGCAGUCAGUAAUGGACUGGCCCGAGGUCUCGCUACAAACAAGCGGCUGCUGGAAGAGAGUAGGUGAGAUCGCUAUCCUGUGGUCGUUACUUAAGUUGGUAUAACUAGAGAAGCAACAGGUCAGCAACAUUCAUCUCUCGAGGGGGUGUCUAACUCGAUGUUACAGUGUGUUUGACCCUAAAUUAAUUUUACGCCAGAAUAUCCCUUUAAGAUGCACAGAAAGCUUUUAUUUUGGUAGGGAACGUUAACCAGUGUUGCCCUGUCAUGUCUGCACAUGUCAUAUAAAUCAGAGUUCACCACUAUGGCUACAUCUGUAACCUUCAAAAUCAAGUUGGACUCAAACUCAACUGUCUCUAAACUGAACUUGGAUAACUAUGAUGCCAAAUAUAGAGGAAAACAAGCAUUCUUGAGCAGCUUUGUCUCACUCCUCUCCUGGUGUGUGUGUGUUUAGGAGGAGCGCAUCCGCAGAGGGGACGACCUGAGACUACAGAUGGCCCUGGAGGAGAGCAAGAAAGGUGGAUCAGACUCUGCGAAACUCCCCAAGAAGAAGAAAGAGGUAUAAGAGACAAAGAGGCUGCAGUGACUCAGUUAUUCCAUUAAUAUGACCAAGCUCCAGAAAUAGUCUCAUGUCUCCUUCAUCUUCGUCUGUGUCUGCUGCUUCAGGAGCAGAAAUAAAACCUCUCACUGGCAGCAGGCUGCCGGGUUAGCUCAUCAUUAUUCUGCCCGGAUAACUGGCUGACUGCAGUCUGAGGGCAUGCAGAGCUAAAGUGAUUUGGGUUGCAGCUGCAUGACUCUGCCUCCCCUUAUUUUUUUACUCUAAUGACAUGACUGCUGUCAGAACGUCUGGAUCAUUUCUGGGAGUUUGAAGAAUAAUGGCUGUCGAGCCGAUGACCCUUCUUGAGGAUUUUCUCUGUCUGUCUUUAUUCGUCUCAGUCUGAUUCUCCCUCUUUGUCCACCUUCUUAAUUUUCUAAGUCUCGGCCCGUCUAACCCACUUCCUCUGUCUCGUAGCCACAGUCAUCUUUGAUGGAUCUGAUGGACGUCCCGGAGCCUGGAGCCAGCGCUGAUCCGUGGGGUGCAGGAGCAGCAGCAGCUGCUGCAUCAGAGGACCCUUGGCAGCCUUAUGGUAAACACAAGCACUAGAAAUGGAAAGACAGGGAAAGCUGCAUCAAAAUAUCAAUGUGUGGAUGUGUAACGGACAUUAGACAAUCAUGAAAAAUACCCAACGUUUGAAAAGAAGCAUCUAAAAUCACAUCUUCAAACUGAUACUCGAACAUCCUACAUGCUGUGCUGUCAUGUACAGAGAGUGUUUCAGUCGCAGCACUCUGCAGUGUGUUGAAUAAAAACAAGGAGAUAACGUCUCUUCAGCUGCUCAUGACCUUUAAAGAGUUCUCUUUCCUUCUCCUUUUACCAAUGUCAUAUCAAAGUUUGAAAUCUGUUUUGGUGACAGCUCUAAUCCACACAUGUGGACUGUCCUUGUGAGAGAGUAUCUGUGUAAAGAGACUGUUUUUUUCUCUGCCUGUGCGUGUGUGUGUGUGAGUCGUCUCUGCCUUCCACCUGCAGCUCACAGGACUGUGACUCUUUGUUAAAUAGGAAUGCUGCUCCACUAGCCCAGCAGCAUUACUACACCCAAACAGGGGGAGGGAGGGGGAGGAUGUUCGAAGGAGAUUGGGUUAAGAAAAGUAGAGCGCAGAGAGAAAACAGGAGUCAAUUCGUGAAAUGCUCAAGGGUAAAACAGCGAGUUUCAGAUUAGGUCACGAUAAAUGCAUGCUUGCUAUUUUACCUCAGUCCAGCUCUUACCCACUCCCUCCUCCUCUCUUCUUCCAGUUUCUUUCACACGCUCAGCCCAACCCUCCGCCCCACCCAGUAAACUUCUCCCUUGCUUCCCCCCUCCCAGGGUCUGCCCCUAGGCCAGCUGCCCCAGUGGACCCAUGGGGCGCUCCCCCCUCUGUCCCACCCAUGAAGAGCAAUGAUCCCUGGGCAUCAAACUCCACUCCUGCUUCUGACCCCUGGAGCUCCGCUGCCGCUCGCCCUAAGGCUCCCAACGCAGGUGAUCACAGUUGUUACCAAACAAGGUCCACGUUUCUCUGGGGAUGAUACAAAGCGGUAGCAUGAUAGAAGACACAACCCAAAAGUCAUACCAGUGUGUCUUCAUCAUACAGGUCAGCCAGUGCGCUCCUGUUUGUCAGUGAUAAUUGACUUCAAACACUCAGAGAGGCCCACAUUAUCUGCCACAUAAUGAGCCUCAAACAGAGGAAAAGAACUGGGGUGUCAAAAACUGAUAGAAGGAUUUGCUGUUCGCAUGCUUUCAUGUGCUUUUUGUAUCCAUUCCCCUUUUUUUUAUUUCACCAAAGUAUCCACAUUCAUUCACGCUUUAGUGUCUGUUUCCAUCCGUCUAAGUGGAUUUAUUUGAUUUUUUAUUUUGUGUGUCUGUGUGUAUGCAUUGUCCCCUUUCAGGUAGCUUUGACCUGUUCAGUGCAUCCAACGGUACGUCCAAAGAGGACUUCUCUGAGUUUGACAGCCUGCGCUCCUCCUCCUCUGUCCCUACUGGUACUCACCCUUGUCUUCGUCCCUUUCUAAUAAUGACACGGAGUCUGUGUUUGUUUGUUUGUUUGUUUGUUUUAUUUUCCCUCAAGUGUCUUAACAUGACGCCCGUCUGCAGGUGCAGUGUCUCCGCAGGGGCCGCAGACACGUGACGCAUUGUCUCGUCUUUUUUAUGUAGAUGUCACCAGACCUGAGCAAAGACAGCGAUCGAUCAGCUGCAGCAUGCUGAUACAAUCAUCACAUGCUGCAGAAACCACAUAAACGAAACAACAGAAUCUGUUUUUUGCUCCUGUCAGGUCUCAUAUCAGUGUGGUGUACUUCAAUGCUGCUUUUACGUGUUCAAACAUUAUUGGACCUGUACCAUCCUGUCUGUUGAGCCACUUUCACAGGUCGAAUCAAAGCCUGAUGAUUCAGAUUGUUGUGUUAAAGGGUCCAAGCGAACAGUUUGGCACAGGUCUAAAGUUUUUCAUGUGGUUUGGUCGUCUCUUGGUGUGGAAGGGUAACACUGUUGUUUGACUUUCUGCUCCAUCUUAACACAAUAUUUCUGAUACAGUCAAGGACAAGACGACAAGGCGUGCAAACACAGGUGUAAAGAGUUACUUUUCCCAGGAAGGAAAAGCGUUGUUUUGAUACUCAGUGGCACUGCAUGGCCUUGGAGUUGGUGAAGGACAAGAACAACAGUUUUGUGAGGAAGCAGAACUUUGGCAGAUUUUAGAAAUACUUACUGGAAUCAGGUCUAGUUAAAACCCAGAGGACCUGUUUGUGUCACUGACUGUUUAGAAAGAUGGAUGUUGCAUCUGUAUGUCCUUUGAUUGUACAGAAGUGAAGCCAAAAUGACCAUGAAACCUAACACACUCUUGACAUCUGUUUUAGGAACAAGGCUCAUAAGCCGCGUAAUCGACUGUUGACAACACAAAGUAUCAGGGCCAAGAAUGAGGACAAAAAUUAUUAUGUACCUCAACAAAAAAAGUUACAAAAACAGCAACAAGUUAAAAUUUCAGAAAAAGCAAAUUCAGAUUUAUGGGUAAAAAAUAUCAAAAGUUAUCAACAAAGAAUGGCCUGAUGGAAAGAGACUACUGUCCUCAUGCGGCCGAAGCUGGUUCAAUUCCUAAAUUCCACCCUCAGAUUAUCAUAAAUUUCCAACUUUGAUUUAGAAAAAAAAGUCUAAAUUUGUUUUUUAAAAAGUGUAAAAGGUCGCUAAUAAUGAUGUCAAUCUGUCGCUAGGUUGAACUUUUUUUCGCUCACUUGUACACACUCACUUGUCUUUGCUUUAAGGUCCUUACAAAGCAGGACCGUUUUUUUUUAUUUGUGCGAUUAUUUUGGACGUCAGUAUUUUUUUCGAACACGUAUCCUGUCAACACAAGCGUUCACAUCAGCGACGUUUUCCCGUCUUGCGAUAUUGCGGCAUUUAUUUUUUUUUAUCAUUGUCGAUUUUUCUAAAGUUUCGCAUACUGUGUGUCCACUUCCAAUCAGAUUUCGUGUUGUUGCGACCUCAGAUUCACCGGUAUAUCCAACAUGGCCGACCGGCUGAUUGUUUACGUGUCGGAGAACAGAGUGCUUUUUGAUAAAAAAACACAAAUAUUACAAUGAUAACGACCUGAAGGACAAUUUGUGACGAGUCAUAGCGUUGGAUUUCUCAUAUGACGAUGGUUUGUGUGCUUUAUCAGUUUACUAAACGUCUUUGUUUUAACUUUCAUCUGUGUAUUGUCACUGUCUCAAACUCAAUUGCGUUGCUGUCACAGCACCGUUAGGUCUCGGUUGUUACCGUAGUUUUGUGGAUUAUAGUUCAAUGUGCUUAUCUGGUACUGGCCCCGACUCAGUACAUGCUAUCAUGACAGACAGCCAUCUCAACACUAGUGUCUAAUCAGAACUGAAAAACAGUCAGUCUGCUGUUGUGUCAGUCUUCUCGCUUCCUCGCGCUUGAUGUGUGUAGUCAACAAUAACAAGAAUCGAAAUAGCCCAAGAUGCUAGCUUUAUUGGCUAAAACUGAUUGUUCCUGAAUACAGUGAACAUGAGUUGCCUGUAUGUAGUCGACUUUACAGGCUUUGCCAUUAAAAACAUGUCCAAUUAAAUUUUUUUUUUUCUUAUAAAGAAGAGCUCAUUUUUUGUUAGAAUCGAAACUUUUGGCUUCAGUUUUGCCGGCUGUCAUGUCAUCCAUCUUUCCAUACAGUCUAUGCUUAAAUCUUGUCAGUUUAAGCCUCUGCUGUGUUUUAUACUCACCGUUCUUGUCUUUGGCAUUUUCGUGUGAUUGUAUGUGGCAGCUGGCCUGACAGCUUUGUGAGUGUCCCUGUGCGAGUGCAUUAAUGAAUGUCUCCACUGCUGUCUAAAAAACCAGCCAGACUGUCUGCCUCGUACGCGCUCUCAUAAAAGCAUCCUCUGACCAUUUUAUUGCAUCAAUUCAUUUUUAUUUCCCGGUAAACGUGGGUGCUCCUGGAGUUGUGGGUGCUGCGUUUUGGUGCACUGAUGCAGAGAGGAAAUUUCCAUAUUUUUAAUCGACAUGUCAAGUCAGAUUUCCUGCAUAAGCGGUUCUGUUCGCAGCUCUAAUUCAUAAAAAAAAAGUUAAGAUGUCUGACAGUCAAAGGCAAAAUUAGGAGUAUUGUCUUUCUCUAUGCAUGAUAUCUCCAGUUUUUGAUUAGUCUGUUCCCCUUAAAGAGAAGUCUGGUCACAGCCGUUUAUCAGUGAAAUACAACCGCUCUCUGAUCCCCAGGGGAUGGACCCAUAGCCUCCUCGGUCCCCUCCCAGGCCAGUCUCGCCAGCAGCGGCAGCCUGGACCUCUUCGACCCCCUGCCCACAUCCAUGUCCACCACCACAAACCCGACCAGGAAGACUCCAGAGUCUUUCCUGGGUCCCAACGCUGCCCUGGUCAACCUGGACUCUCUGGUAACCAAACCGGCCCAGCCUGCGCCCGUCGUCAAUCCAUUCUUGGCCUCAACAGGUGAGAGAGAGGAUCUGAGAAAGGCGAAAAGUUUCCCGGUGAAACUUCUACCAUACUUUUGUCAAAUCCAUCCUCACAUGGUGCUUCUGUACUGAGUCAAGGACAGCAGUCUGACUAUUUUGCCCAGUUGAGUUAUAAUCAUAGACAGGCUUUACUGUGUGUGUGAACAUACUGAGUGACCCUCUCCUUCCUUUACCCAGGAGGCGCUGCUCCAGCCCCAGCCCACGCCAACCCAUUCCAAGUGACCCAGCCAGCACCCCCCACCCUCAACCAGAUGCGGGUCAGCCCCAUGCCCGCCAGUUUCGGCGGCAUAGCCGAGCCCAUGGCCCUCACCUCCAUGCCCGCUCAGCCCAUCACCAUGGUCCCCCUGGCAGGCAUGGCCCCCAUGGGCCGCGUGAUGCCCGGGAUGGGCGUCGGUGCCGUCGGAGCAAACGCCGGAAUAAGCGCCAGCAUCCCAGCCUCCAUGUCCAUGCCCCAGCCCCUGAUGAGCAUGCCGCCCCAGGCUGGUGCGCAGCCCACCGGAACCACCAACCCUUUCCUUUUGUGAGGGGGGUAGACAGAGUGACCCCCUCUUUUUUUUUCCCCCCUAACUCUCUUUCUCUCUCUUCCACUUUAGCUACAGAAUAAACAAGGAGAUGUCUUAUCCCAUUUAUCCUGUUAUAACCGACUCCUCACCAGGUCAUAGUCACAGCCCGGCCUCCUCCUACCUUAACACACGUCCUCACUCCUCCCUCCCUCUGUCUCUCCCUUUCAACGCUACAAGCUGCCUAGUCCUGUGUGUUCCUAAUCACCUGACCAUGAUGACCACAAACACUUCUGACAAAGACACCGUGGUGUUUACAGUUCUCCCCCCGUCACAGUGGCGAGAAAGGGGCACACUCUCUCCUCCCGUUUCCUCCUCUCCCUCACAUCUCAUUUAGGAUUUUUUUUUUCCCCUCCUGCAGUGGAGGGACAGGAGAUUUUGACUGUACUAACGCCAGGAUCUUUAUCUCCUCACUAGAGCUAAUCUUUUAUAAGCCCUGUCAGCUGAUGUGUGUGUGUGUGUGUGUAUGUGUGUGUAAGUGUGUUUGAGCAGGCGAGCGCACAUCUACAGUACUUUUACACUGUGUUAUAUUCCAGUGGGUUUCACUUCCACACACUGGAGUAAGAAUGAGAUAUGGGCAGAUGUGUUUUUACUCUUUAUGUGUGUGACUGUGUGUGUGUGUGUGCGUGUGUGUCACUAAGCAGGGAUUUUGCACAGUUUUUUCCUCCUUCUUUCGUUUUCUUUCCCUCUGCGACUGUUGGGCUCACCGUUACACCUUAGCUAAAGGGAGGGAGAGGACACACCCACGCCGCCUCUGCUCUCGGUACCACUCAGUCACAGCUCUCGCCUGGACCUGCUCCCCCCCCACCAUCCCCCAAUCACCUAGCAGGAGACAAGUAAUGGACAACAGAUAUUUAACAGAGGAGGUGGACCCCUCGACGCAAACACGACUUCUUCAACGCUCAGAUACUAACAGACGCCGUGUUGAUGUGUUUGUCUGCAAGCCCCCACCACCACCACCACCACCACCAGUGCGUGUUCAGAAAAAAAAGACAUGAACUGUAAUGGCAGCAGUAUUUUUUGCCAGCUGAACACAAGGAUGCAGAAAGGCAUCAUGGGACAGCUUUUUUUGUCUAGUUUGUUUCUAGGGUCAAAGGGAAAGAGGGUGGGUUGUGUGUGUGUGUGUGUGUGAGUACGAGCGUGUGUGUUCACUUGAGAGAGAUGUUUAGCUUCUGAGUGUACUUUAACAAGAAGAAGGUGUUUCCAUUUCUCACUCAGUAAAGAAGUUAGAUGUAGACAUCUGCAGCCUUAACGGUGUAUGUGCGCGUAUGUGUGUGUAUGUGUGUGUCAGAGCAUUUAUCACAGUGUUGCGAUGGCGACAGGGCCUGGGAAAGAAGAGCAUGUCAGCCACUCUGCGCCAUGAAGAGAGUUUACCUCUGAGUGGAUUUACGGGGCUAAUCUAUCUGCCAGAACACUACCUGGCAGACACACACUCACACACACUUAAAACACACACACAUACACUCAAGCGGGGCUGGUCCAGGAUGGGUCUAUUGAUAGCACAGGGAAUCCUGCAGCAGACGACAGCUAAAAACACGUCAUGUAAACAAGCAGUUGUUUAUUUUGUGUUACUUUAUUUUUUGUUGUUAGAUUUAAAUCCAAGCCUUUUUGGAGCUGUGUACUAGCUAAGCCAUGUAUCAUCUUCACUCUCUCUUUCUCGUCGUUUUUUUUUUUUUUUUUUUAAUUCGUCACCCUGGGUAGGCUUCGUCAUUCUUUUCUCUUAGAAGCACAACUGUUACCAAAGUCAUAGCGACUGUGAUUUCGGAGGACUUGGAGUAGUUUUAACAGUUUUUUUUGUUUUUGUUUUGUUUUUUUGGAAAUUCAUGACUCCAUUGUUAUAAGUUUUUAUAUUUGAAGCUAUUUGUGCAGACGUUCGUGGAGGAAAGUGUUACUUUUGGCUGAAAAGCAGUGCAUUUACUGAUUACAAGCUGAGCGUCUCUCUUGUAUCGGUUGAAAAAAAAAAAAGGGGGGGGUUGAUGAAACACAACCUGUUGCGUAGACCCUCACUCUCUGUAAUCCCUUCUUUUUUAGCUCUGUUUAUCACUGCCAAUGUUAUUACUGUGGAGGGUUUCUUUUUCUCUUUUGGUGUGAGGUGGCGCCCUCUCCUGGUCUACUGUGGUAUGGUAGCUAGAUUGCGGGACCCUUGAUAUUUCCACUAAAGGCAGACCUUCAUUUCUCUCAGGCAAAAGGAGGGGCAGCUCCAAACUGUGCGUAUGAUUUUGUUGAUGAUGGUAGUGAUGAUUUCUUAUGCUUGUUGGGGGGAUGAAUGGAUGCGACACUGACUUGCAGACCAGCAAACAUUUUUAUCUCGACUAAAAUAUGCAAAAAUCGGAGUUUGGAAAAGAAGAUUCGGCGCUCGAUGUGUUUAGAUUUGUUGAAAAAAAAAAAAGUCUAUUGAAAUGCUAUGAUGAUAUUCUAGCUGAAGACACUCUUCGCCACUCUUCCACCGGCCUUGAUUUCACUGCGGCCUGACUUUUGACUUCACUCCAGUGAUUGUGGAAAAGUUAGUGAUGUAUCAAAUAAAAUAAAAAAACUGACUCCAAACUUUGACUGUCUUGAACGAAUUGAGCACUCCUGACCAGUCCGAUCACACUGCAGCUGAACAGUUUCUCACAGUGGUAGCUCUGGUGCAGUGAAAAUGUGGCCUGUGUGUAGCGAGCUCCUCCGCGUGUUACUAUGUAUUCACUAUGCUUUUAUCAAGAGGACUAACUGACCUUUUUGACUGUCUGUCUUUAUAUGCAUAAACAGCUUCCUUUAAUCUUUUCCAUGUCUGUCUAUUUACCCUUCUCAUAGUACUGGGAGCAGGCUGCUUUUUUUAUUGGAUACGUGCUCAACCUGUUGGCAUUAUAACUGUAUAAUAUAAUUUAUCAUUUGUACUAUUGUAACAUACUGUUCCUCUGUAUACCUUAUUAUUCUGUGUAAUGGGUUUUUUUUUUUUAGGAAAAGUCACGGUGGUAUUUUAACGGCAUCUAAACAAACGAACGCAGCAGGGCCGAACCGUGUCGGAUGAGGACAACUGUAGCUGCAUUGGUUCAAAAUAAAAUGUGUAUCACUUCAGCAUUUUGCGUGUCCUCUUAUUUUUUUAUUUUUUUUUUUUAUGAAAAACUCAAGAGGAAGUCAGUUUAUUUAAAAAGUGUUGAAAAAUAAAGCUUAUAAAACACAUUGAAGACCUUACAACAUAUCUAAAACUGCUUUUUAAAAAAAAAUCUCAUAUAAAUGUAAACCAAAUGUCCUGAAAGAAGGAGGAAAAGUUUUAGGAAUCCUGCAAAUCUCCAAAAGUCUCUCUUCAUGACACACACUCUUCCUUACUGCUCCUCUG